AUGGCCACGACCACAACACUGUUCCGAGUGUUCUUGCGCCGCCAGACACCCGGGGCCCAAGGAUUGCGAAAUCGCUUGGCACAGCAGCAACAGCGCCGCGCCAACUCCAGCACCGAAUCACCCAAGCCGAAGAGGGCAGAGGAUCCUAUUCCCGUGCCAAACACCAUCACAACGAUUCCGUUAUGGCAGCGUCUCGGGCCCUUAACCCGCGCCGGAGAGGGUUAUGCCCGAGCCCAGCGCAAGAGGCCUCUGACGACGCAGUUCAUCAGCUCUCUGGUCAUCUACUUUUGCGCCGACCUCUCCGCCCAGAACAUGAGCGGCAACGACUACAACCCCGAGCGGACGAUGCGCUCCUUGAUCAUUGGCGCCAUUUCCUCUAUCCCCAGUUAUAAGUGGUUCAUCUUCCUUUCCCAAAACUUCAACUACGCCUCGCGACUCCUCUCGCUAGCCACCAAGGUCGUGGUGAACCAGGUGUGCUUUACACCCAUAUUCAACUCGUAUUUCUUCGGCAUGCAGGCGUUCUUGGCAGGCGACAACUUUGAUCAAAUCAUCGAUCGUAUCCGACAAUGUGUGCCCGUGAGCAUCGUCAACUCGUGCAAGCUCUGGCCUGCAGUGACGGCCUUCAGCUUCUCUUUCAUCCCGAUGGAAUAUCGCAGCGUGUUCUCGGGCGUGAUCGCAGUUGGGUGGCAGACCUAUCUGAGUUUCUUGAACAGACAGGCCGAAGUCGUCGAGGAGGCAGAGGAAGUCCAAGAGAGAACGCAUGCGGUGCAGGCCAUGGCUGCUCCUGAGAGGGCGGUAAAGAUGGAGGCUUAA